CCGAUAUCAAGCCCCUCAGGCUCUCAUUGAUCUCAUAUUCUGUAUCCAGACUUCAAGACACAUCCCACUAUCCUGACUCAUUUAACAUUCCAACACAUCUGUCUACCUGAUAGUUAACACGAGUCCACAAAAAAGUCAAAGAAGGAAGCAACUCUUUCCCCAAUCGGCACUAUAUACCUUAACCCCCAGCAUCAUGUUCUACGAGCCCAGCCGCACCGAACACAACCUUCCAUAUGAUCCUUUCAAGGCAUGCGUCGUCCCCCGGCCCAUAGGCUGGAUCAGCACCGUCUCCCCGCCUACUACAGGUACAAGUACAAGUCCAACCAGAAUCCCCAACCUCGCCCCCUACAGCCAAUUCAACAAUCUAACAUUCGACCCUCCCUACAUCAUGUUCAGCGCCAAUCAAACACCCACCUCUGACCGCAAAGACACCGUCCUCAACGUCGAGGCAACAGGCGUCUUCUGCUGGCAACUCGCAACCUGGGACUUGCGAGAGGCAGUCAACAAGACCGCCCAACAAUUACCCUACGGAGUCGACGAGUUCGAACAUGCGGGCCUGUCCAAAACCUGGUCAAAGGUCCUCAAUAUCCCCGUACCCAUGGUCGCCGAAUCGCCCGUCCGGUUCGAAUGUGUGUACCAUUCUACCUUGCGCCUACCGGGGAAUCCGCCCAUGGGCACCGUCGAUGUCGUCAUUGGGAAGGUCGUCGGCGUCCAUGUCGACGACAGAGUUCUCACAAAUGGCAAAAUCGAUGUCCGGAAAACUCAACCGAUUGCCAGAUGCGGAUAUUAUGAAUAUGCCGUCAUCAGAGAUACUUUCGAUAUGAUCAUCCCUGGUGAUCCCGCCACGCUGUUUGGACUGGAAGGAAACGUCAAGCAACAUAGACAACACAGGGAGACAGCUCAAAGGGCCGCUGGAGAUAAUUCAAUACCUUCGUCAUAGAGCUAAGUAUACAAUGUGUGGACUAGAAUGUACAUCUGCUAUUUCUACCUAUACUUCGGUCUAGGAUCAACCAUG